UUAUUAAUGGGCGUGUCUGAUCAUUUUUAACAAUGGCAGCUGUGUUGGAGGGGAUUCAACAAGAAACGACAAUAGAAGUCUUACCCGAGGAUAGCCACCCUAGUACAGAUGGUCCUCCUCAAGAACUAGCACCGACAAAAGAGGAAGGGGAUGAAGAAGAGGCUAAGACGCCAACUAGAGGAGUCAAGUUCAGUAUAGCGGACGUGAUUGAGGGCCUUCCAUCAACUGAUAGUGAUCAAUCCCAGUCUAAACUAAUGGCUCCAGUCAAACCAAUCACCCUGCGCAUUUACACGUGUCUUGAAGAGCAAGUGUCAAUACAGUUCAGUACUGGUAAGUUUACGACUGCCGGUGAGAUAGUGUCUGCUAUGGUCAGUCAGUUGAACCUUCCCGAAGAGACAAAGAACGUGUUUAGUGUAUGGAUGAUAUCUCAGCAUUUACAUCUACAGCUCAAGAGCUAUCAUGUACCCGUCAAACUCUUCAAGAAAUGGAAUGACUUCCUUACUCAGUACACUACUGCUUCUUAUGAAGUCUGCAGUACAGAUAAGCCUAUAUUAUCGUUCAGACGUAAUGCUUUCUUUUCUUUGAGAGAAGAGAAACGUCUCAUUGCCAAGAAAAACUCAAAGGAAGUCAUUACACUACUUUAUCAUGAGGCAAGACUCAAUGUCAUUAGUGGUCGCUAUCCUUUAUCUAAAGAGGAACUGAUUGAGCUGGCCUCCAUUCAAUGUGCCAUUGAGAACAAGGAGUACAACAAGGAGCAGCACACCCCUCAGAGCUUUAAGUCGUCCUUAAGCCAGUAUUUCCCUCCCCAUCUUGUUCCUGCAACUGGCGGAGUAAAGAAUAAAUUAUUAGGGAAAGGAUCAAAGAGCACUGGAAUAGAGAAUGACCUUGUCACUAAAUAUGAAUCAAUAUGGCUUAAAGUGAGCAGUGAGUCAAAGAAGAGGAUUGAUGCAUCAGUUGAUGUUGAAACGAGUGCAGUUGCUAAUAGUCUUGGAACUGAGGAGGAGAAGAAGCAAUGGCUGGAUAUCGACUUGCAGUUGAAAUUACUUUAUCUUCAAAGGUGCUGGAUCAAACCUUAUUAUGGCUGUGUGAUGUUUCGUGGUCAAAUUGAGCGAAAGCAGAUCCUGUCUCUCUCUGAUAGAAAUGUUGUUGUUGCCAUCAAUCCUGAAUGUAUCCACUUGUUUACUGACACUCAACCAAGAGAGAUCCUCCUUUAUUUAUCGUAUGAUAUGUUUUGCUGGGAGUUCCAGCCAGCAACGGAGCAAGGAGAGAACUUUUAUUCAUCGCUCUGGCUUGAGUUUGACUCAUUCCAUGCCUCACAGAAAGUUGCUAAAAGAGUACAAGUAUUUUCAAGACAAGCUCCAAUGAUGGAUGCUAUGAUAUCAAGAUGUGUUGAUGAGCUCAAUCAGUUUGAUGAAGAAGUAAAGAAGAAGAGGCUUGAGAAAGGAGGGCCCGAGGAGCUACCACCUGUUUCUAUAACAACAGAUAAAGCCUUGCCUUCAUCUAAGAAUUUCCGUGAGGAUGUACUCAAGUGUGACAUGUACACUCCUGAUGGUGAGCAAGUCAAUCAGAUAUCGUUGUUUCGGAAAAAAAAAGUUUCUACUACUGCAGCUCCUUCGGCAGCUAACCCCGGGAAUGAAGAGGUCACUGGACUGCCAAAAUCCUAGCUUACUAAUCCUCUUCAUUCUCCCUUCGCUCUAAUUCUUAUUACUUGCUGUGACACAAUGUCCACACAAACUAUAAUUAAAAUCCGUUCUAUAUGUUAUGUUAUGUUCAUGUUGAUGUUUGUGUAAUUAUUGGUGCUUUUAAAUUUUAAUUGAUGUUUUAAAAUUCAA